UCUGCCCCAGUGCGUUUGUGCUGCAGAGAGAAACUCUUAUUUGAAAUGCAUUUAAAACGAAAUGGACACUUAUUCAUCGUCCUUCUCAUUUACACCAUCACAACAAUAACUUUACCUGUUAAUUCAUCCUCAAACUCUGCUCUUCACGGUGAAAGACGAAGCGUUUUAACGACUAAAGGCCUCAGAGAGCGGAUAAACCUCGACUCAAAACGGGAAAAAGAGUCGAGAAUACUCCCUUUUCUAAACUCCGAAAUCCAAAACAAGACUGGAUUCAAACUACAAACAAACAUGGCGUCUUCUUUGAUUGGAAACAUCUUCAAAGACCGCAACAAACCGAAGCGAAGCGACCCUCCGAAUGAAGAAUGUAACGAAGGGGAAAUCGAGUUUUGCACUCCGGGAAAGUUUUAUAUUCCUGGACAACUUGAAACAAACCCGGUGGUGGGUCACCAGACAGAUUCUGCUAGAGUUCAUGCUGAGGACAGCUCAGAGUUCAGAGGUCAGAGGCUCAGUGCCUCAAAGGAGAGCUGGCGGAAGCUGAAGCCAGUCGUGGAUUGUGGAUAUGACGCCAUGACCCUCACAGUGAGAUGGAGACGAUCCGUACAACUGCAGCUGAGCCGGGUGAACGAGUCGUCGGUGCCUCUGAGCCAGCCUCCUCCUCAGUGUGGAUACUCUGUGCAUAACACAUGGAGAGACCUCAGCCUGAUCGCUCGCUACGACGCCUGCCACGUCAAACAGGAGGAGGAGGGUUUUGUAUUACCCCUGCUGUGGAGGGGGACUCCAGCGAAGAUGUCCUGCCCGAUCCCUCAGACCCAGCCUCGGGCCUCUGGACCCUCGUCUCUCUGUUGCUCUCUGCAUGGGAUGACCCUCACUGUGCAGGGACCCCAUGCUGCUGAGGACAUCAGGGUGAACGUCAGAGGAGAAUGGGCCCCCCUGUUGGUGUUAGAGGAGCGGUGUGGAUACACAGUGGAGAGACGUGACGCUGAGAUUAUAAUCGCUGCUCCAUUUAUUACCUGUGGCAUCACAGACGAGGAUGGAAAACACAGUCUGUCUCUUCAGAUAGAAGAAAACACCUUCAAAGUGGCCUGUCCUGUGUCUCCCCCUGAAGAACUCAGACCUUCCCAUCAUACUCCUCGUCUUCAAAGAGGGAACAUUCCUGAAUCCCUGGAGUCUUUUCCAUGGGCCCAACCUUUCCUCUUGGCCCCUCUUAACUACCCCCACCCUACAUACCACCACAAGUACCAUCCUCCUGAUGAAUCAUCUUCCACUGCUGAGCUUUCAUUAGCUCCUCCUGUUGAUUCGCCUCCAGACGACCCCCACCAGAUUCCUGCACAUUUCAAUAUCCCCACUCCUCAGUCAUCUCCAGAAAAUGUAGAAAAUGUACAUCCAGUGUAUCCGGAUCCGCAAGAUACUCAUGUGAUGGGCGUCUCGAUUAAGCUGCGUGCUGCUCCUUCCCCAGUAACCGUUCAAGAUGUAGCACCUUCUCUGCAGCCUUCGAGCCACGGCUUCAAUUCCUACUAUCACUACUACCACCACCCUAAAGUACCUCUUCCUGACACAACUCAAAACCCCGAUCCAGGUCCUGAGGAGCCUGGAAAACAAUCUUUUACCAAUCCUCCUCAAAACCCGGGAUUCCUAGAGAACUCCCACUUUCUUCAGCCAGUGACGGAGGCUGCCUUUCUGCCAAUUUCCAACCUUCCAACAUCUGCACCUCAUCCUCCACAUCCCAUUCCCAUACCAUUACUUCCCACACAUCGCUAGCGGCGAGGCCACAAUAUUGCCGCCUC